AUGAGAAUCAAGAACGCUUUAUUAUUGGGGUUAUCAUUGGCAUCGGUUGAAGCCUCGCCAGUUGAAAAACUAUGGAAACGGUUUUUAGCCAACGCGCCGGCUGAAACGCAAACCGUAAACAUAACCACUUUCGUUUAUCCUCAAACACAGUCAGCAGACUUAUUUCCAAUGGAUACAUGUAAAGGUGUAACUUUGAAUGAUGCCACCAUAGACCAAUUGCAGGGUUACUUUGAAAAGGGUGUCUUAACAUCAGAGGAUGUUGUUCGCUGCUACCUAGACCGCUAUUUCCAAGUCGAUUCAUACGUCAAUGGUAUAAUGCAAAUCAACCCUGAUGCUGUUUUAAUUGCUCAGGAAAGAGAUCGUGAGCGGGCAGCGGGAGUUGUCAGAAGUCCAUUGCAUGGUAUUCCAUUUUUGGUCAAGGACAAUUAUGCUACAAAAGAUAAAAUGGAUACUACAUGUGGUUCAUGGAUGCUCUUGGGUUCUGUAGUGCCACGCGAUUCUCAUGUCGUAUCCAAAUUGAGAGAUGCGGGUGCUGUAUUAUUCGGCCACUCUACGUUAAGUGAAUGGGCAGACAUGAGAUCAUCAGAUUACUCUGAGGGCUACUCCGCCAGAGGUGGACAAGCACGUUGUCCUUUUAAUCUUACUGUCAAUCCAGGUGGUAGCUCCUCUGGUAGCGCUAGCUCCGUAGCUGCUAAUAUGAUAAUGUUUUCUUUGGGUACUGAAACUGACGGUAGUAUUAUCGAUCCUGCAAUGAGAAAUGGUAUCGUUGGUUUUAAACCAACCGUUGGUUUGACUUCAAGAUCUGGUGUAAUUCCAGAGUCAGAACAUCAGGAUUCAACGGGGCCGAUGGCUAGAACUGUCCGUGAUGCAGUAUAUGCCUUUCAAUAUAUGUGGGGGGUUGAUGAAAGAGACGUGUAUACUCUGAAUCAAACCGGUAAUGUUCCAGAUGAUGGUGAUUAUGUGAAAUUUUUGACCGACAAAAAAGCUCUCAAAGGUGCUAGAUUUGGUUUGCCAUGGAAAAAGCUUUGGUCACUUGCCAAAAAAGAUGAGAUUCCUAGACUUUUAGAAGUCAUCAAACUGAUUCAAGAUGCAGGAGCCACUGUUUAUAAUAAUACUGACUUUGGAAAUCUAGAUGUAAUUUCAGAUAAUGGCUGGGAUUGGAACCUUGGAUCAGCAAAUGAGAGUGAAUUUACUGUGGUAAAAGUUGACUUUUACAAUAACAUCAAGUCUUACUUGAGCGAACUGGAAAACACGAAUAUCCGCUCUUUAGAAGACAUUGUUGCAUAUAAUUAUAAAUUUACCGGUAGUGAAGGUGGUUACGAUAGUACCCACCCUGCCUUCUCAUCUGGUCAGGAUUCUUUCUUGGACUCUCUGGCUUGGGGAGGUAUUAAAAACGAUACUUACUGGGAAGCUGUGGAAUUUGUCCAGAGAACUUCUAGGGAUGAAGGCAUUGACCAUGCCUUGAACUAUACAGAUCCUAAUACUGGCGAAAAUUUCAAGCUGGAUGGUCUAUUGGUUCCAAGUGGUUUGUCAAUUACUUAUCAGCAAGCUGCUAAGGCUGGUUAUCCAAUGAUUACGUUACCAAUAGGUGUAAAAAAGGCCAACGGCAGACCAUUUGGUCUUGGAAUAAUGCAAUCUGCUUGGCAGGAACCUCAGUUGAUUAAAUACGGAUCCGCUAUUGAAGAUUUAUUAAAUUACAAAUGCAAGCCGCAAUAUUAUGAAUAUGUGGCAAAGAAUAUACCCGUUGUGUAG